CUGUGGGAGUGACCGUGGACAGAUUCAGGUGAAGUGGAGCGCGUUGACCCAUUUGUUGAUCCAGCUGUUAGCGCAGCAAGCGGAGGAAGGGUUCGCGAAGUAUCAUAUGCACUGGUGCCAUUACCAAUAGCACUGGCGCCAGCGCCAGCGGGUGUAGAAGCAAGGAACGCAGGACUUUGGUGCCCUCCGGGCGCGUACGGUGAGGAAGCUGAUAUUGGUGAAUAUGAUGUUACGGAUGUCGGCGUGGGAUUGCUGUAAGAGCGAACGUGAUGGCUUCCAUUGCCGUGCGGGUGAUGCGCUGCAUUGGUCAUGGCGUAGGACGAGAUCUCGUGCGUUACCGAGUGGUGAUUGCCCGUAUUGUGUGGAGCAUGUUGCUGGUAGUGCGGAGUGGCAUAAGGGGAAGGUGCCGACUCCGAGGCAGGUGUCGUUGCAUAGGCCUGGUGCGGGCUAGCAGCAUACUGGUGCGGCUGAGAUCGGUAAGAGGCUAAGUGUGGGCGUGUUCAAGUUCGGCAGGGGGGGACAGGACGAUCGAAUCGGGGAGAUUAAGGCAAGGAAGGGGAAGUGUCCCAAGUACCGGUGCAUGCGUCAAAACAGAAGAAGACCAAUUGAAUUUCUGAACUAAAACGGUGGAGGUGCUUCUGCUAAGGAUAUGCGUACCUUGGGGAGGAUAGGUAGUUGAUGCACUCCAAUCUGUUGCAUAAUUGGGCGAGGAAUCAGAAGAGUUCCCGUGCCAUUCGCCGCUUUGCGACCGAGGCUGAGUGUGAGGUUGAA